GUCUCAGCCCGGGCCUGUGCAAGGAGCACGCUGGGAGUGCUUUGGUGUCCCAGCUGAGGACGAGAUUAGGAGCCGGGAAAGCCACCCGCGCGUGCGGCAGCCAGGGGAAGGCUAGCUGAAAGGCUCUCCCAGUUGCGAUCGCGUGGGACCUCCGUGGUAAGACCAGGGUUCUACGCCCUAGGUACCAGCAGGGCAAGUGCUCCGGGGGCCCCUCGGUGUCCUCUCGUGCCCAACCGCAACCCACGGAAUCCUCUCCAGAGUUCUGGAGAGACUCGCGCCGGGAAGGGGCUUUGCUAAUUGCAGGAAGUGAGCACGAGGAAGAAGUGGCAGAGAUCAAGAAGAGGAAAGGGAGGAGGAGGAGCAGCAGCAGCAGCAGGGCAGAGCGCAGACAGAGUCGCGCAUUACCACGCAAGAGGUUGGGUCCCUGCGAUCCUGCUGUUCUCAGGGGUCCUAGAGACUGUCCACCCCUGCUCGGACACUCAUCUGUCCUCUCCUGGUCUUCAUGGCUUCUCCGGACGACCCUCUGCGCUCAGAUCACAUGGCAAAGGAGCCAGUGGAGGACACGGACCCCAGCACUUUAUCCUUUGCCAUGUCAGACAAGUAUCCCAUUCAAGACACCGGCCUCCCUAAAGCUAAAGAGUGUGAUACAGUCAAUUCCAACUGUCCACCAAAUUCUGAUGACCAACCUCAGGGAGAAGAAAAUGACUUUCCAGACAGCACCAAAGAUCCCCUUUCAGGUGUCAGCAGAAACCAGCCCUGUAAGGACGGGAAGGGCAGCUGCUCUUGCCCUUCCUGCUCCCCCCGGGCCCCCACCAUCAGCGACUUGCUCAACGAUCAGGACUUGCUAGAUACGAUCAGGAUAAAGCUGGAUCCAUGUCACCCAACCGUGAAGAACUGGAGGAAUUUUGCCAGCAAAUGGGGCAUGCCCUAUGAUGAACUGUGCUUCCUGGAACAGAGGCCCCAGAGCCCCACGCUGGAGUUCUUAUUCCGAAACAGCCAGAGGACUGUGGGCCAACUGAUGGAGCUCUGCCGGCUGUACCACAGGGCCGAUGUGGAGAAGAUCCUGCGCAGGUGGGUGGAUGAGGAGUGGCCCCACCGGGGACACUCCGACAGCUCCAUGCACUUCUAGAAUCCCCUCUCCUCUGGCAUUGGCCCUACUGCUCGUUGGACCAGCAUGGCUCCUGCGGAGAGCGUACCUGCUCCUAAGGUUUUCAGGAUAAGGUGUGGGCAGUGGUCGUCCCCGAAGCUGGCAGCUUUUGGAAAGACACGUUGUUUGGAUGGCAGGUAUCCGUUUCCUUUUGCACAUUUGUUUUAAUUUAAUAUUUGAGCCUGGGAUUGGGGAAGAAUAUUUGGUAGGUCACACAGGGCCAAAGCCUGUGGACAGAGACAUGCCAACAUGGAAAGAAAAUGACACCCUCUUUAAAUACUGCCAAAGAUUGCAGCGGGAUCCCAAAAUAUCAAUGUCUUUGGACAUGUCCGCAUACAGAAUCCCAUACAGAAUCUCUGCAGUCCUGGCCAGAGGAUGGCAGGGAGAAGUCAUCCCGGCCGGUUCACUGUCACUGUUUCUGUUGAAAAAGGCUCAGGAGAGCAAAAGGAUACUACUGUAUAAUGUGGCCCAGGUAUAUGGGCUCUUUUUUUUUUAAUCAAAUACUUUUGUAAUCUAUAGGCUAUCAAUACUGUCAUUGAAUUUAGCAUUUUUAAAAGAAAUACAAAAUAUAUGGUUUGUAGGAGAAGAGAGUGUCUUGGGAGUGGCAUUGACAAAGAAUAGUGCUCAGUUCGGCCUUUGGGAAGCUAGGGAGGUAGCUCAGUGAUUACGGUGCCCUCCACAUAAAGCAUGGGACCAGAGUCUGGGUCCCCAGAACCCACAUAAGUGAGGGGAGGCUGUGGUAGCCCACCUGUGAUCCCAGCACUCAGAAGGCAGAGGUGGCGGCGAUCCCAGAGCAAGCUGGCUAGCUACACCUGGCACAUGGAUGAACUCUGGGUUCAACUGAGACUCUUUCUCCAUGAACAAUGUGCAGAGUGAUUGAGGAAAACUUUCAACAUCAACUUUGGAAGUCUAUAUGCACACACAUGUACAUGCACAUCUGCAUACAUGUGCAACAACAACAACAACAAACACACACGCGCACAUCUUUUAAAAUGCCCUUUGGGAAGGCUGAGGACAUGGGCCAAUGAGCGCACACAUAAUAGCCAGACGUGGCAGCAUGUGCCUGUAACUCCAGUACUGGGGAGCAAGGUCCAGGAACUCCCUGGCCAGCCAGAUAGCCAAAUUGGCAAGGUUUUUGUUCAGGGAGAGACCCUGUCUCAAAAAAGGAAAGUGAAGAAUAACUAAGGAAGAUACCUGAGGGACAACCUUUGACCUAAACACACACACACACAUAUACUUGCUUGUUAUGCAUGCCUUUAAAAAAAAAAAAAAAAAGCAGGGCCAGGACUCUACCACUGAGCGAGCUACACCUGCACCUCUGUUAUUAAUGGGUUUUAUUUUUAUGAGAACCCACAAAAAAAAAAAAAAAGCUGGGCAUGGUGGUUUAUACUUUUAACUCUGGCUAGGAGACAGGUGGAUCCCUGGGGCUCCUCUGCCAGCCAGCCUAGCCUAUGUGCUGAGCUACAAGCUGAUGAGAGAUCCUGUCUCAAAAAACCAAGGAGCAACAUCAGAGUUGUUCUCUGGCUUCCCCAUGCACAUGUGCACGCAAGCUCGCAGGCCCAUGUACAUGUGCACCAAUUAAAGUAAACAGAAAGGAAGAAUGUAUACUGGCUGUAUAGCACAGAGAUAGUAAGAGGAACGCAAAAGAAGGUGAUUUUCUAAACCACUUUUUUUUUCUCAUAACAGUUAGAUUUCCCCUUAGGCGGUUGGUAGGUAAAGCCAGCUUCCCACACAGCGUGAACUCCAAUCAACAACGUCUACAGUGAGACUUGCCCAUCAGUUCUGGUUCACUGUUAAUCACACCAGCGUCCACUUUAUUGCCAGAUAUAUUUAAAGUGGGAGCUGAUGAUUAAAUGCAGACGUCCUAGUGUUUUUUAGAUGUAUUUGUAUGAAUGUUUUCCCUGUGUGCAUGGUACCUGCAGUGGUUGAAAGGCGUCGGAUCCCCUAGAACUGGAGUUGCAAAUGUCUGUCCAUCAAUCUCCAUGUGGGUGCUGGGAACACAUCUGCAAGAGCAGCUAGUGCACCCAACGGCAGAGCCCGUCUCCCUAGCCCCUAGACGCAGAUAUUUUUAUAAGUAGCUUCUCAGGAAAGUCAGAUGUUGUGAGCAUCAUGAGCGUGAUCUAGGCUUCUAGCAGAACCUGUGGGCAUGUUGUGGGGAGCUCUAAACAUUGCGCAGAUGUGAUUGGUUGCCUACUUUCUCAUUAAGCUCUCCAUGGCGUGAUCUGGCUGGUUUUCACAGGGUCUCCUAGCCCAAGGUGCUCUCACUCUCAUUCUGUAGCAGAGGAUGGCCCAGAAUUUCCGAUCGCCUGCUUCUGCCUUCCAAGUGCUGGGCCACCACACGUGGUUUAGCUCUCACUUCUUAGAGCAGAGGCGACUGUAGGGAAACGAGAGGGGCUUUGGAAAUCACUUUGCAGGAAGGAACUCAGAAGGUGAGGCUCAGAGAUAGAGGAAUGAUGGAGCAUUGGGAAAUGCCAGCCCUAGCUUUCCAAUGUAUGCCAGAACUUGAGUUCCGUACAUUACAAACAUCCAGAGUGAGUACUGCUCAUGACUGGCCUGGGGUAGCCAAUCCUUUCACCCAUCGCUUUCACAGGAAGUGUUUCACAGGAAGUAAGUGUUUCACAGGAAGUGUUUCACAGGAAGUGUUGCCAGUACUUCAGCCUCUACGCAACUGGUCAGGAUGCAGCUCCAGAACACAGCUGUGCUUGUAAGUGUUCACUGAAUUCACCUUCCGGGCAUUGGGUCAAAACUGUGAAGCGGGGCUAGGGGGAUGGCUCAGCACUUAAGAACACUUGCUGCUCUUGAGCUAAGUUUCAAGUACCCACAUGGGGUGAGUCAUGACUAGCUCCUGGGGAUCCGACACCCUCUUCUAGUCUCCAAGGGCACUCGUACAUACAUGGCAUACACUUACACACACACACACACACACACGCAAAUCCCUAAAAGAAUGUCAAGCUUGGCCUGAGAAUGCAGCUCAGUUGUUAGAGUCCUUGCCUAGUGAGCCAAAGUUUGGUCCCCAGCAUUGCAUAAACCACUGUGAUGAUACACGUCCCACUUCCAGCACUCGGGGGUAGAAGUAGAGGAUCAGAAAUUCAAAGUUAUCCUUAGCUACAACGUGAGUUUGAGGCCAGCCUUCCAUAUAUGAGACCCUGCUUCAAAAAGAAAACAGAAUGUCAUGCAAGCCAUGUGUGCUGCUCCGUGACUGUCACCCCAGCAUUUACCUUGUGAGCGUUUCUAAUUAUAAUAGGAUCGUGAAAUCAGCAGAGAAGUACUGAAAGAUGUCCGGAAAUUAACUCUGACUAUAAGUGUAAGAUGACUUGGAUCUGUGUUGUACAAAGAAAGCCAAGGAUUAUUCUCAGCUACAGUACAAACCAGCUUAUUGAAAGGUAGCUUAUAGCCAGUGGGUUCUACUGAAACAUAGAUAGAUACCCUGGAACUUCACAGAGGUGAGGCCAGGGGGGAGGAGGUCACUUUAUGACCAACUGAUUAAUUAUUGAAAGCUUAGUCAUCACUUUUUAAAUAUUCGAUCAUUUUUAAUCACAUGUCUCUGUGUGAGGUGUGCACGUGAGUAUAGGUGUUUGUAGAGACCUGAGGUGUCAGAUUCCCCCAGAGACGGAGUUGCUAGACAUGGGUGUUGGGAACUGAACUCAUGUCCUCUAUAAGAGUAGUGUGAGAUCUUACCUGAUGAGCCAUUUCUCCACCCCAUCAUCAUUAACCCUUAAGAGCUUUCUGUCCUGGACACCCAUAUUAAAGUGAACUGCUCGGGAAUGAGGUUGGUUUCCUAUUAAAAUGUUGAAAUCUGCUUAGCUAUGUUUCCCAAAGUAUUUUUCUUUAAGAGAAAUUUCCAUCUGUAAAGGUCUAUGAUGAGGCCAUAUAUAGGAUGCAUUUUAUUUGGGUGCAGUAGUGGAGAGUCAAACGAAAGGGAGGGACUCAAAGUCACACUGGACAGCCGUAUACACAGGGACAGAUGACACACUCCUGGGGACCCAUACCAGAGUGUCGGGCAAAAACACGGCAUGCAAUAUUAGCACAGUGAGGUUUUUUAAUUAGUUAGGGCUUGAAGCUGUGCUAGGAUGUCCAACCUGUGCCUCUUAAAACAAACAAACAAACAAACAAACACCUCUGUACAAAGUAGCCACCUACUUGUGUAGCACUUUGUAAUAAUACAGAAAAUCUGGCCCUCCCGAACAGUAAUUUAUGUGAUGCUGCCCCCUGCUGGAGGAUACAGAGUCUGGCUUGGUUAGGCGCCUUCCAAGGAGGCCCCACUAAGACAGAAAGAGAAAGGGUAUGUUUUCUCUGUGACUUGGCAGACGAAGGCACUAUACAGUGAUGGAGGCUCAUGUCUCCAGGAUGUGCCCAGCACAGUGGCCUGGUACUCAUCUGUCAGCACUGAUGCACUUGCCUCCUCGGGUCUCUUGGGUCUCUUCCUCUCCCAGUUAAGCACCCAAGGAUGCUGGGAUGCAGCAGUCUCAUUUACACUACAAAAAGACGUGCUUCUAAAGACAGGAUUAACAACAGAGGCCAAACAGAUUUUUCUCUUCUGGCCUCUCCUAUGUAAGGCAGUUAAGCAGAUCUCAUUUGGUUUUGAGCAAAGACUUUCCCCCAGGUCUUUUUUUUUUUUUUUUUUUUUAAUCAACCCUAUUGUCCCUGCUUUAUAAUUUCCCUCCCAUUUGAAGCCGUGAUAUUGCUGUCUACACCACUUGCUCAGAGCGAGCUGUAUGCAUAUCUCAAAUCGUCUUCCUCCCCCGGCCAACAGUAUUCCCCUCUCUGAGCUGGCAGCAAACAUCUGCUUCGUGUUGCCACGUGUACACACAGAAACAACAAUGCCAUCGAUGUAGCAAUGCCAAACCACUCUGCCCCGGGUGCUACAAAACCAAAGGCAGAGAGAGGCACACACCUCCGGAAGCACACUGAGAGAUAUUUGCAGUUUUGUCGCCUGCCUGGGACUCAGACCCCACCCUGGGACUCCUGGGCCCUUGGUUAUAGAUGCACAAGGAAGGGGGGAAUCUUAGCUUUGCUGUGUUUAGAGAGAAUCAAAGCCAAGAUGCUGGGCCGAGUGCUGGGGCUAUUGAAGUCUCAGCAUCAGUGGAUGGAGCACCAGUGGGUUCCCAAGACCUAGACUUGAAGGACCUUGGUGGAACAGGGUGUGCUUCCUUCCGGAGGCUGUGGAGGGCUAUGGCUCUGGGAGGGAAUCCCUGGGUGGUCACGUGGACUGAAGACCCUGGAGUGGUCAGUGAUACAACUGGAAAUGAAAUGAUGGAACUGCCCAGAUCUCUUGGACAUGGAAGAGGAUGUUGCAUUUUGUGUGACCGUCCAGUCUGUCCUCUGCAGCAUCCCUCUGGGAACUUACGCAGACAUUUCAGCCUGCGAAGGCAAAGCUUCCGAAAGCCCUGCUUCCUCGGAAUGCCAUCCGUACACCUUGGUGCUAUCCUUUUGAAACUGUCUACAUUUUCACCUCCUCUGUGAUUCUGUUUUUGGAAAGAUUUUAUAACUGUAAUAAUGGGUGCUACAACAUUAAAGACUGAUGUCAACUGCAGUUCUAGUGGGUGCCUCAUUUUCUUGAAAUGUAUAUGCAUUUCUGGGAAGGGGCGUUUUGCAUGUACGCGAAUGCGUGUAGAGGCAGGAGGACACCCUUGGAUGUCAGGCACACAAACAUACCAUUCACAGAUUUUGAGACAAGGUCUGCCAUUGGCCUAGAACUCAUGAAUUACACCAGGCUAGCUGGCCAUGAGACCCAAGAGGUCUUCCUAUGUCUGGCUCCUCAGUGUGAAAAUAACAAGUGUUAUUUGCUCAGCAUUUUCACAUAGGUUGUGUGUCCUCAUGCUUGAAUAAAAGGCACUUUCUUGACUGGGCCAUCCCCUAAUACCUACUUUGUAUGGACUCUAGCAUGGUCAUCAGCUCAUAGGUCCUGUAGCCCAUCAUCUAUUUCUGUUACUUGAGUACUCUGUGGUUUUCUGAAAUGAGUCCCAGAUGCUGAAGAUGCUGAGACAAACAGCCCAACCAUUCACUCCAGGAGCUGUCGACAGACAGUCACUGCAGGUAAGGGCUGAUAAGACUAGGGAAUGUGGGCAAAGGUGGUCCAGGAAUAGGCCCAAGAUGCGCUGAGCAGGAGGAAAAGCGAGCAGUUAGCCUUCCGAGAGGGUCUCCAGUGUACUGUGUCUGUAUGUGAAGGGUCAUUUCACUAUUCCUACCUGCUUCUCCCGACCCAGUCCAUCCUCUAGGUAUCUGUGGGUUGCCCUCUCUGACAGGAACACUUCAGACUCACCUGUUCCAUGACUAAUCCUCGCAGCUUCGUGACCUGCUGGAGUUUUCUGUGUCAAUCAUCUACCAGCAGCUUCAGCAUCCUUAAGACUCUUCUUCCUGGUCUAUUUCCCUCUUUGGGCUGUUUUUGUUAUCACUGUCUCUGUGUAUGGGGUGUGUGUGUGUGUGGUACAUACAAGAACACAGAUAUACAUGAGAGUACAUAGUAUGGGGGUAUACAUGCCUGUGGAAGUUACUGGCCAAUCUCCAGUUCUCCAGCAUCUCCUCUGGUGCCACCCACCUUGAUUUUUUUUGAGACAGGAUCUCUCUCUGGCUUGGUUCUCAGGUUUUGGACUGAGGUGACUGGCUAGCAAGCCACACACACACACACACACACACACACACACGGAUGCCCAUGUUUGCCUAGAGUCACUAGGAUCCCCACAUCUCUCCACGCAGUGUAUCUAGCUGCUCUGUGUUGGAAACUGCCCCUUUCAAUUCACUUCGCUCCACAUCUCAUCUUUCACGCACGCGACUGCUCGAGCCACCCAGAAUCAAAACCAAACAAGUUGUUACCUGCUUGAAUUCCUCGUUCUGCCAUCUCAUCCAAACAUAACCAUCUCUGUCAGUUUAAACGAGGAGACUCUUUGUGACUCUACCUUGAAAUUAUCAUGGCAUUUGAAAAUAGCAUUAGCAAUAAAGUCUUAUCAUGGCUACUU